AUGUCAGAGGAGGACAAGAUGAACACUCCCAAGCCUUUGGCUGUCCUUAACUCCCCUACCAGCCCCCGGCCCGAGUCGCCAACUACCGCGCGCCCGAUGGACUUUGACGAUGAGCCCCAAGAGAACGGAGUUGCUACUUCCUCCCCUGUGGCUGCUCAGCCAGUUGCCCAGCCAGCUGCCGCCGAGGCCGCCCCGCCAAAGCCGCCCCGGCCCCUGAACCCGAGAGAACAGUCAGAGAAUACCCUUAGAGAGGCAUUUCCAAGCAUCGAACCUAGUGUUGUCAGAGCCGUCUUGACCGCAAGCAAUUGGAAUGUCGAGCGGGCGUUCAAUGCCCUCCUGGGUAUGACCGACCCCAAGGCCCAAGAGGAAAUGACACCGCCGCCAAAGCCGCCGCGCCCAACCCAGCAGAGCACUGCUGCACAGCGACAACUGGAAGCCGAUGAGAUGUAUGCGCGUCAACUAUCGGAGCACUACAAUGCGACAGGACGUCGCGCACCGCCCCCGAACUGGGAGAGUGACCCCCGAUACCAGAGACCUAGAGGAAGCGAGGAGUCGGAGGAGAGAGAAUACAGCUUCUUUGAUGAUGAUCUACCUGUGAUCCGCGAGAACCUCCGCAAGGGCUUCCUAGAUACACAGAGUAAGGUUAACUCGUGGGUAACAAACCUGAAGAAGAGAAUUGAUGGAGAUGAUUUGGACGAGGAACCUAUCCAGAAUCAAAGACAGACUCCGGCCAAUGCCCGGCCCCGACGGAGUGGUGAUAUGGGCCGUCGCAGUGGAGAUCGUGAGCGCUAUGACGCAGAUCCCCAGGUUCUCAGCGAUGAUUUCUCUGCUCUCGACUCCCCCACCUCGCCCCCUCGUCCGGGCCAGUCCAGCUUUAAACAUUCUGCGUCUCCUUCGCCAGACCGGCGCAGGGUGUCCUUCCAGGAUGGACCUCCCACCGAGAUUGACAACCUUUACGAUUCCUCCACACCAUCCAAGCGUCUCAGCUCAACGGGCAGCAAGGCGAGCAAAUGGCAACCAUUGUCCAGCGUCGCGCCUUCGCCCGUCGCGGAGAACGACCCCUUUAGCCUCGGCGAUAGCGAUGACGAGAAGGAAACUAAGACUAAAGAGCAGACCGCUGGCUCAGAGAGCGAUCAACUCAAGCAUGCCCCUGUCGAGUCGGUGUCCGAACCAGUUAGUUCCUCCAAGGAGCAGGAGACCAAGGGGACGAUCAAGCCUGACGAGUCAAAAUAA